AUGGACAACGUAACGCACGCCCUCGGAACCGCCCGCAGUGGCCUCUGUCGGCGCAAGUUCCUCCGGGUUCUCGAGGACCUGCUGCGCCUCGUGGGCCACGGGAAGGGGGCGGGGCUCACGGUGCAGAACGUGGCCAAUUGCAACCCACUGCAGCCGAUGGAUUUGUUGGAGAAGGUCAUUGUAAAAGAAAUUGCAAGAGAAAGACAACAGCAGACCCGACCUCUUCAUUCGGGUCUGCUCGUUGGCUCGCGUGACCACCUCGAAAGCAGCGAACUCUUCACUAUAACGGCCAAGUAUUGCCAGUCACGUCUCUGCCAACAGGUCCACUUGUAUUUCUCGGCGCUGCCCGAGGACAAGGUGCCUUACGUGAACUCCGUCGGGGAGAAAUACCGCAUCAAACAGCUCCUUCACCAACUGCCGCCGCAUGACAAUGAGGUGCGGUACUGCAACGGCCUCAGCGACGAGGAGAAGAAGGAGCUCCGGCUGUUCUCGGCGCAGCGGAAGCGAGAGGCCCUGGGCAGAGGCUCCGUCAAGCAGCUGCCGGUCAACCUGCACUCGACGAUGACCUGCGCCAAUUGCGGCGAGAGCGUGGGCGGCGGCGACAUCGUGGUGGUGGCGGCGCGGGCGGGACCCAACGCCUGCUGGCACCCCGCCUGCUUCAACUGCCACGUGUGCAAGGAGCUGCUGGUCGACCUCAUCUACUUCUGGAAGGACGCCCAUCUGUACUGCGGGCGGCACCACGCGGAGAGCCUCAAGCCACGCUGCGCCGCCUGUGACGAGAUCAUCCUCGCCGACGAGUGCACGGAGGCCGAAGGAAGGGCGUGGCACAUGAAGCACUUCGCCUGCUUCGAGUGCGACCGCCAGCUGGGGGGCCAGAGGUACAUCAUGCGGGAUGGGCGGCCCUUCUGCCUCCACUGCUUCGACGCCAUGUUCGCCGAGUACUGCGACACCUGCGGGGAGCCCAUCGGCGUGGAUCAGGGUCAAAUGACCCAUGAAGGCCAGCACUGGCACGCCACCGAGGACUGCUUCUGCUGCCACACCUGCCACGCCUCCCUGCUGGGUCGGCCCUUCCUGCCGCGCCGCGGAGCCAUCUUCUGCUCCAUCGCCUGCAGCAAGGGCGAGCCCCCGACGCCCUCCGACAGCAACGCCAACACGCCAGUGGCGCCUCAGGCUCCGACGCAGAUGCUGAGGCCGUCGACGGGGCUGGAGCGGCGCUCCUCGCUCUCGUACGACGCCUCGGACUCGACGCUGACGUCCCCGCGAGCGCCGCGCCCGACGAGGCACCUGAACCACGAGUCGACGUCCGACCUGAGCGACGGGGCCUCCCCCCUCCCGGGCCGCCGCGGGAUCAAGUCGCCGCUGCCGGACGUGCAGGUGGUGUCCAAGUCGCCGAAGAUGCGGCGGCGCCCGCUGCCCACCUCGCCCCUCACGGACAACAGCGGCGACAAGAGCGAGGCGACCAGCCCGCGGUCGCCCCUCCUCAGCAGAAAGCCGUCCAGCGUCACCGGCCCGCAGCCUCGCAUCACCCGUGACAACUCGUUCCAAAUUCGCGACAUGCAGAGGACGCGUCACGCGCCCGCCCUCUCCAGGGAGCCUUCCAUGUCCGGCAUGCACGGCGUGGCGCAGCCCAACAGCUUUCCUCAGCCACCUAGUGUCUCUAGUCCACGCUCACCGGGGUCCGUUUUAUCGGUCGACAACCAAGGGCAACAAAGACCCAAUGAGAACGUCGCCUCCCCCGUGUCGCCACGCUCACCACGCUCACCGCGCCUGCAGUCUGCGCACUCGCCGAGACACGAGAAUCACAGACACAAUCUCGAGUCUCCGCACGGGCCGUCGGAAGCUGGGUCGUCCAGGGUUUCUUCCGAAGUCGGAGGGUCUCGAGCGCCCUCGGAGAUCGGGUCCCCUCGGCCGGGCAACCGAUCCGUGGCCGCAGUGACUGGCGAGGAGGUGAGGGGCCAGGCGCAGGCGAACCCUCUCAUGCGCUCUCCCAAAAUGGGCCGGAAAGCCUUGCAACUCCAGCAGUCUCCGAAGGUGGGCCGACGUGCUUUAGAAUAUCGAGGUGCAGAUGGAAGCACUGUUUCCUCCUCUUGCCAAACAAGCCCGCACUCUCCCCCUCCUCCUCUGCCAGGUCAGCCCUUGACAUCCACUCCUACGUGUGAGGAAAAUGUGCCGGCGGACAAAGUGCAGCGAGGAGUUGAGCUUGUGGGAGCAGGACUCGAUCGUCUGGUGCUAGAACGCUCCCUUGGUCGCAUUCUUGCAGAACAAGGAAUCAACCUUUUGCGGGAAGUGGCUGCAACUUCUUCCCCUGGAACGUUAGAGUCUCUCUUGCAAAACUCGGAACUUUUGUCCAAUGCAGCGCGUCGUCAGCCAUUAGACCUCUCGGCGAUGUCUGACCUUAAUUUAGAGGCGCUCUUGGCGUCUGAAGAGGCCACCCGAGGGCGUGCCUCUCCUGCCCAUGUGUCUAUGCCAGAUUUAAGUCAGCAUGGGGAAUCGUCUGCCUCUACAUCUCCUUCAGCAACUCCUACCCCUGGGGCACCAAGAAAAAGCUCACUCUCUUCUCGACACAAAGACAGACACAAUCGCUCAGUUCGAUUCGAUCCAGCUCAAGUCGGCGGGGAAUCCCCGAGCCGCCAGCACUCAACCCGCGAUCCCUCUUCGUCGACGUCUUCAUCGGGGUCGGCUCCAACAGCCUUGGAAGUCUCGCCAGCCGAGGGCUCCACCAGAGGCCGCCGCCAGCGACAUCACCGAGGGAGCGGCUCUAAUGGUUUCCCAAGGUCACGUUCGUACUCUGGUUCGGAACCUUCAGCGGCGAACAGAACCCCACGAAAGACACCAUCUGCGCCAGGCCUCGAAGACGCAGAUUGGGACCACGAGUCUGUGUGCUCGACUUGCUCCUCCUCUUCUUCUGAUGAAUUUGACUAUGAGCUUCCCCCGAGGAGAGCUUAUGGCGGUGUUCGUAUAAGUUAUGUGCCUAAUGAUGCCCUGGCAUACGCUAGACGGCAAGCUGGAAAUACUCAACCACCAGGAUCCCCCUCCACUCGCAAGAGGUUCGGAGAAAAGGACAAAAACUGUAUUAUCUCCUGAUGGCAUAGUGUGCCAGUUAACUCUAGCUAUGCAGCAGCCAAGUGCGCUUAGUAGUGACAGAUUAGUGCUCUAUUUUCGUCUUGCGCUUUAUUUUUGUGGCUGCAGAGCUGCCUACCUCGUGGUUCUGGUGGCACUCUCUUCGGGAGAGAGCCAACUGAGGACCUUGCCGCACCAGUAUUGUUGGACAGUGCCACACACAUCAUUUUAAAGAUAUCUUAUUCAUGGACUGUCGUAUUACAUACAGCAUGCAUUGAAUAUUAAGUGCUCAUUCAUGUUGAUCAUCCUCAUGAUAAAAUCUCGGAGUACGGCAUUAAUGUGCACAAAGAUACAUCAUAUUUACACCCAAAUUUUAAAAUCAACAAUAGUGUUAUAUAGUAAAUAAUAGCAGUUUCUAAACUGAAAAUUGGGCUGUGAAAAAAAUCAACAUCAUCCCUAUAAUAUGCAAAGAGGCCAAGGAAUGUUGCUGUGACAUCAUUCGGCUGAACAUCCCAACAUACUGGCCACGUGUACUGUAGUAGGAUAGUUAGUUCAGAACCCUUCUAUAUGUAUGACUGCAGUCUAACUGAAGUGCCAAAUAAUGUCUUCCAAGACAACUGCGAUUAGCAAUGUGGAAGAAUUUCGCUGUCUGUUGAGACAUACCUGAGUAUUAUUUAUAGUCAAUAUUACCUGAAAUGACUCACAAGAUUAAGAAAUGAUUCAAUAUUUCAUAGUAAAACAUAAUCUGCCCUGUUUAGCGGUUGGCAUCCACAUAUUUACAUCUUAGUUACAUGUGUGCAUCGAUCGGGUGCUUAUAAUGAGUAUAUUAUUGUAGCCUCCUAUGUAUACAACGUCCUGUACUAAUUACGUUUGCUAUAAUGGGCUACUUACAAAUCCACAACAUAAAUUCUCCAUUCGACAUAACUAUCGCAAAAACAUUCUUUUAGCUGAUAAUAGAGAUUUCCCAUCAUCGGUCUAUUUAAGCAGUGACUUCAGAGUAAUAGACACCAGACCGAAUCGAAAAUAAACCUUAAAAAACACGGCAAGAUCCUCCACUCUUUCACCCCGUCACUCUUAUUGAAUCAAAAUUCAAGCAUGAGCUGUUUUCCCCCCCCAUUAUAUAAUACAACACUCGACAGACCUUCCACACAUUUCCAAAUUAUGUGGACUGGAAUAAAGUGCUACGUUUGCCGACCGAGAUGGAUAUUGUCAAACUGGUCACCAUACUUUGUCAUUUUAAGAGGUUUGACCUAUUUCUGACUUCUUUGACACGAGUAACUAAGCUUUAUCGUUUGUUAUCCUUUGUAAAUGUGUGACUAAUUUCCAGUUUUAAGUAUAUUAGGUUUAUUGUAUUCAUAUCAUCAGAGAAUAUAAGAUUUCAUACACUCUUCAUUAUACAAUAGUCGCAUUUCACAAGAAUGCUAGAAAAAAAAACCCUGCUAAAUCAUACACAAUAAAUUCAUCCUAUUAUGUGGCAGCUGUUGCAUAUUGCAGCUUGAUCAGGCUAUUCGUUGACACAACCCACCUUAUAUUAGCUACAGGACCUUCCUGUUGUACACAUACUUGCGACAUUUUAUUCACGUCUUGUAUUCAGUAUUUCUAAUGUUUUGUAUAGCAGUGUCUAUAGAGAUUCCCUAUCACUUAUUAAUGAGUGGAAAGAUCACUCAAACACUGUACAUUUAUGUAUUUAUUUUGAUUGUUGUAUAUUACUUGUAGUCUAUGCCUUUUUAUUAUUGUAAGUUCGUAGAUUAUAAAUGUGUUUAUAUUGCUAAAGCAGAAUGUUCAUAAGGAAUGUAAUAUAUGAGAAUGGCUUUUGGUUAAGGGUUUGUACAUAUAUUAAUAAAAUUGUUUUCCGAUGA